UAAACAAGUUUCUAGCCGUUGGGCAUGGAUGUUUGCAUUUAAGAAGGCUAAAAAACCUGUUGAUCGUUAUUCCUUUGCCCAGCGAAUUUCUGUAGAUGUUUCUUUAUUGAAAUUUAUUCACAAUUCAAUAAUGUCUCUUGUAACGGUCUACGAUUACAAUUCCUCUAGACUCUCUUCUGCCAUUAACUCGUAUGGUGCUUUGAUCGCUACUGCUAUUGAAAUUUCAAGCGAAGUUAAAGAAGAGUUUGUUAUUGCUCUUUUGCCCUGCAUCCUUGAUGGUUUUAACUUAGGAGAAAAGUGUUUUGACUUGUGCAUUUCUGCAUACGUGAUUUCCUCUGCUUUAUCGGCACGUGCCUUUUUUUCGAAGCACUUGUUGAACUCGCUUCUCCAUCCCCUCGUGGAAAAUUUAUCCGUCUCGCUUCAACCUUAUGCCUUUCAAACUUUUCUUGUGUUCUGCCAGACCCAACAAGCCGCUGAUAUUAGCCACGACGUCUUUAUCGAGCUGUGCAAAUUUGAGGCUUUUGCCGAUCUUAUUUUAAGCUUUAAUGAAAAGUACGAUAUAAGCACGUUUUUGAAGGCUUUUUCCGAUUCAUUAUUGUAUACUCUGCGUAAGGAUGUGGAGAAUCUUAAAAAUUUUGAAUCAUGGCCCCUCUUGGCUGAACUGGUCAGCAAAAACGUUUUUCCGCGCCAAAUAAUGCUGAACUUAUUAAAGAAUUUUUUCUUAAUUUUUAUGGAUAAUGAGGUCAAUUCUGCUGAUAAAAAUAGCCUUUCGAAAAUCCUUUCGCUGACGGCUUUUCGCUUUCCUUGUGAAAUGGACGAAGCUUUAAGUUGUUGCAUAAACGCCCUAGCCACGGACGAAGCAAAGUUUUCACAUUUAAUGGAAUUUCUAAUGCACACUUUUAAAGGAACUCGUUACCAACCGAUCAAUGGCCUUGGCACCAUUCACUUCUGCUUGGCGAGUCCUGUCAGUAAACUUCGCGUCGCUGCCUUGCAAGCUCUUCCUUUUAUUACUAAUGAUGACGACUUUGUAUGCAACUCCGUAAAGGAUUCCUUGCAUGCUUCCAACCACAUGAUUAUCGAUGCCGCGCUGUCCGUUCUCCCCCGACUGUUAGAAAAAGAGCUCGCAGUUGACAAGGCAUUAAUUUUAUUGAACGGAAUUAUACAAUUUAUAACCGACCGGCCUUCUGUUCGCUCGAAACUGCUUGGCAAGUCCAUUCAGGUUUUAGUUACAAUCGUCGAUGCCCAUCACGAUUUUCUGGAGCCCGCCCUGCCCUGUUUGUUGAGCUUUCUUUUCGCUAAAAAAAAAAAUUAUAAAAUCUGCCGAAGACUUAAAAAGAGCCUUUUUGCUUCCAAUUUUUUGAGGAAUCAUGUUCUCUUUUCUGAAUGGUUAAAUAGUUCGCAACACUAUGAUUUGUUGAAAGAGAAACCGAAAAAGGAAUUUUGUACAUUUCUUAAUCGGUGGAAUUCUGAGCUCAUUGCAUCUGUUGCGUUUUCUUUGCUUAAAAAUGGCGCCCUUUCGACUGUUUCUUUUUUAUUAUCAACUUUUGAAAAAGGUGCUCAAUAUGUGCUCGUCUUGCGCAUGUUUAUAGACACUUUAUAUAUAUUUAUAGGGACUGAAAGCUAUAAAGUUCCGAAAGGGACGCUCGAAGAGUUUCUUGCGAGCGUUUUAUGCAAACUUUUAAGUGAAUCACUUUUUAAUGAAAAAAAAGGAACACUUUUUAAGGACUUAAAACAUACUGAAGCCGCUUUAGUUGUUCCGCUCUUCUCUGCUCUUGAUAAAAAGCUUAAACAUACUUUUUCUGUGAUGACCCUCUCAUUAAACAAAAAAGAGGAAAACUCUGGAGUGUUUACCUUUUUUAUGGAUUUGCUUGUAGAGCUUUCAGCAUCCCUACAAAAUAGGACGGACUUUUUAAGUUUUUUGGUGUCGAGCAAUUUGUUUGUUAUAGCCAAUAAAACAUUUUCGCGGGUUCAUAAGGGGUCUUGCAUGUCUCUUCUCUCGAAUAUUCUCUCUUCCUUUACAUCACUGUCCGACUUGUUUUUGUUUGUUUCCUUUUCUUCCUUUGGAAAAACAUGUGACGCUGUCCGCGUGAAUGCUCUGCGCAUUUUGUGCGUUGCUGUUUCUUCUUGUUGCGAGAAAGAAAAUCUGCAGGUGUACUCCUGUUUGUUGCUUCCUCUCCUGGUCACGUGUCUCAGUAGCGAAUCAAAAGAGCAGCGCUCUGCCUCACUACAACUCUUGCAUGCUUUAGAAAACGAAAUUUGCACUUCCGACGCGUCUUUUGAUAUCAGCCACUUAAAAGACAGCUUUAUAUGGCGAGAAGUGUCUGACACAUGCCUCAUCCCUGAGCAUACCAAGCCGUUUCUUGUAUUUACUAAUAAAAAGUUUUUAAAGAUUUUACGCUUUUUUCUCGCCAAUGAUAAAGAGUUGUUAUUGGACCAGAACUAUCUUCAAAUGCUUAUUAGUGAUCACGUGUGCUUAACUUCUUCCAAACUGGAUGCGCUUGUUCGUUUUAUUUAUGAAUUUUCGAGCCUUUUAAACGACGCCCGGACCCGCGCCUCUUUGGUUACCCUUCUCAGUACGCACCGACGCAGCGAGAAGAUGAUCGUUAUUUUUUCUGGAUUAUUAAUGAAGACUGUAUGCUGCGAUUCGGCGGCCCUAUCCACUGAAGAUUUAACUUUUCUCUCUUGUGUUGCUGAAAUGUUUGAUGAAAGUUGUUCUUCGCUUUUCGAAUCUGUUCCGUCCCAGUGCGACGCUCUUUCACGUGGCCAAAAACUUUUCAAAGUUUUUCUUCAGCUGCUCAACUGUCCAAAGUAUCAGCAGCAGUCACACGUUCUAUCUCGUGUUUCUGGAGAAUUUUUUGCUUCGUGUGACGUUGCUGUGCAGAACCAAUUGUUAAGCGCUUUGUUAAACAUUGCUCGAGACACGGCCCAGUCACCGACUUUUGUCACGGCCGUUAAGGAGACAAUAUGCAGCCUUUCUCUUACCGCUGACCAUGUGCAUUGGCUUUUUAAACGAAUGGGCGUAAUUAAAGAUGAUGAAGCGUUUCCUUGUUUAACCGGUAAACGCGCGUGCAAGAGUCUGACCGCUGAUAAGAAUUUUGUUGAGCGUGACCUUCAAACGCUCAUUGUUUUUCUUGAACUUUUUGAGCGGAAUGACCCCCAGCACCUCACCUUUUUCCAGCGCCCUUCCGAGCUUUUUCCUCUUUUUUUUGCUUUGCUCGAGCAUUGCGUCAAUUUGGACUUCACUACUUUUGCUUCCGUCGAAAAUGCAAAGCAGCUGACUCUUUCCGCUUUGAACUGUCUCUUUGUUAAGCUGAAGCAUAAAAAGGACUUUUGGAGAAAAAUCGAGUCUUCUGUCAACGUUGAGCUGAUUGUCCGUUGUGUGCGCGGCACGGACAACCCGAGGACGCGCCAGCACGCGCUUCUACUGCUCGCCACGAUGGCGGCUGCGUUUCCCAGCAAAGUUUUACACAAUAUUAUGUCCAUCUUUACUUUCAUGGGGACGGACUUAUCACGCCAAGACGACUCGUACACUUUUCAUGUGAUCCGGCACACCCUUGAAAAGCUUAUUCCUCCCUUGCUUACUUCUUGUAUUGGGGAUUUACAGAAAUCUUUGUCGAUGGUUCUUGACAUGAUGAAGGUGUUCGUGAGCGCUUAUUGGCACAUACCACAACAUCGCCGCCUUUGUUUGUUCACUCAUUUGAUAACGUGCCUUGGGCCGUGCAAAUACCUCUCCGCUUUUAUUAUUUUGCUGCAAGUCACACACAAUGCCAUCCCGAGCAAAUCAGAAUGCUGCAGCGAAGUGGAGGCGUCCGAAGCUUCCUUAAGCGAUUUCUGCGCUUCUCUUCUCCAACAAUUUCCUUUGCGCACGCAAGUCAAAAGUUUUGAAGAGAUGCUCUUAUUGGCCGUUGCACUCCCCAGCGUGCUUCCUUCUACUCGCUCCGAGAAAACAAAAUACUGCAAAAAUUUGGAUCCAGUUUCGCAAUACUUUUUGCUACUUCCUGGCGUUUCGGAACGGACCAUCAGUACACUGAAGCUGCAGCUUGUUAUUCUUAUAAAAAAAACCGUCACGGAUCGCCCAUUCUUCACUGACUUCCAAUCUCUUCAACAAGAUGUAACCGACUCGGCGCUGCAGGACGAUCUUUUCGUUGGACUAUUUAGGCAAUGUUUAGCAUUUACCGAAACUGCUAAUAGACACGUGACUGACUUGAGUAAUGGCCAUGCCCGGCGCUCUUUAUUAAAAACGUGGACUUCUAUAAAUGAUGUCGCCUCCCAACUUCUCCAGACGGUUGUUGGUUUGCUCCCGCCUUCCACUUUCAACUCUUUAAUAAAUGAGCUACUCAAAUACGACGAUAUGAAUAUAAUGAAACGAGCGUUACUUCUUUUUAGUAAGAAUCUUGAAGAAGUCGGGAAUGUCACAAAUAAAAACCACGUGAAUUUAUUGGUGGGCAUGCUGAAGCCCCUUGUGGCCAUCGCUACUUCCGCUGAAACGGAACAGGUAAAUAAGGCCGCUGUUAGGCAACUCGCUCUCCUGAACUGUGAAAUUCUUUCACGAUUAUUCGGAAAACAACAUCUGCAUUUAUUUAUAGAAGCUGCAACGGCUAUAGUUGACUCUCCUCUUCUGUACAGCACCAACCUCCACGUAGUGGCCUCCACCAUGGUUUGCUUGAGCUCAUUUAUAUCUGCGCUUGGAGUGAAACUUAUUGGUGUCCUGCCCAAACUUUUCCCUCGUGUUUUGGAGUUGUCCAUUCCCUGCUCAGAAAACGCGGAACCCACCCGGCUUCUACACGUCAGUCGUCUUACAUUGGUCAAUGCCACAGUUCGUGCUUUCCCGCAGUUCCUGAGCCCAUACAUCGACCGCGUGCUUGCUCUUCUUUGCCUUCCAGUGUUCCAGAAGCCUGAUGUUGAGCUCUCCCGCCACGUUUCUGCUGCUCAACUGUCUCUUACUAAAAAUAUUCCACCGCGGAUUAUCUUUCCAGCAUUAAUAAACUUUUGUAAUGCUACUGUUUCUGAUGGAGAUAAAUAUUCAUCAGUUACUCCUUUGCUCGCAUUGGUCAAUCAAAGUCUUAAAAGCACGAAUAGAAGCGGUAUCGUUGCUCAUCAUAAAACGAUUUUCAAGUUUUAUCUUCUUUGUUUCGACUUCCGCUCGACGUUUUCUGCUUUGCUCGACAAACAGGAUGAGGUUGAAAAGGAAUGUAUAGCUUCGUUUGUUAGUUUUGUUAUGAAGUUAAGUGAAGCAACUUUUAAGCCACUUUUUACAAAACUGAUGCUCUGGAGCCAAUCAUCUUCCGAGGAAACCGUGAAGUCCAAUCGACAACUCACUUUUUAUCGUCUUAUAAUGAUGCUGGGCCAUUCGCUGAAGUCGAUUUUUACUGUUUAUCUGCACCAACUUUUUCCGGAGUGUCUUCGGCUCCUGAAGGAAGGACCAUCCCUCCAGCUUCUUGAUUAUCUUCUUUCCUCGCUUAACUCGUGUUUCCUUUACGAUCCGAAAGGAAUUUUCUCGAAGGGAGUGUUUAUGGAAGUUUAUUUGCCAUUGUUGGAUCUCUUGGAAUCUUCAUUGGAUGAUGAGCUCUACAAGUCUUUGGUUGUCGAGAAACUCGUCCCUCCUAUCUCGAAUCUUGCUUGGAGCGUGAAAGAUGUCGACAUGUGGAAGAAGCUAAACUACCACGUGCUACAGAAGACCCGCCACUCGGAAUCUCGCGUUCGCUUUGCUGCUCUACUCGUCAUCAAAGAAUUUUAUGUGAAACUCGGCGAGGAGUUUUUGGUACUUCUUCCUGAGAGCGUUCCAUUUCUGGCGGAAUGUCUGGAAGAUGAUUCCAGCGAAGUAGAAACUUUAGCAAAGGACGUCAUUCACACGAUUGAGCAGUAUUUGGGGGAGUCUAUUCAGCAGUACUUCUAG